AAGGACGUUCCAGGGAGAAAGGGACGCUUGGAGGGUCUGAAAUAACAUGAGAAUGGGCCUAGGAAUAGGGGAACUCCUGUCCAUUUCGCCUUCCUCUCGCUUCCUCCUUUUUCUGCUUCUCCGCCGUCCACAUUUCCGCAGCUUAUAUGAAACAGAAAGUUACGCAAGGCUGGCCAAAGAGGGAUCCGGAAAGAGAAAGUAAAGAGAGAGGGGGCAAAGGUUGCUUGCUCGCCUGCUCGAGAUAGUUUGCUAGAAGCGAUGGCGGACGGCCGUCAGGGAAUCCGGUGAGAGCCUUUUGCAAAAAUCCCCCUCGUCGGGACCCGCUUCCCCCCUCUUCUCCGCUUCCCUUGAAAGCUGCCCGUCUUCCCCACCCUCUCCCUCCUCGCCAUUCCUUUAAAUUCAUGCUGAAACGAAGUAAAGGGGAAAGAGAGUCCCCGUUGCCCACGUGUUGAUUCUUUCUGCCAAGAAAGCUGCAAAGGGGGCUUUUUUUUGCGCAGGAAAAAAGCUGCUUCCAGAGGCGCUCUUGCUGCGGGCGAACGGGAGAGGCGCGCAAAAGCGCGCAAGGCAACGCAGCCGCGGAAGGAAGCCGCCCCUCCAGUCUCUCCUCCCUAGGCUGUGCGCGCCGCGCCGCGCCGCGCCCAUGUCAGUGGAGGCGGCCCGCUUUCAUCUCCACAGCUAGCGGGGCUUGAAUUCGUCCCCAAGCCAAGCACCUCCCCAAAACAACAAAAACCACAGAAGCAAAAACAAAUAGCUCCGGGAAAUUAGCGUCUUUUCCUAGGGACAUGGGAAGUUUCCUCAUACGGCAUGUGACCGGGGGUUCUCCACCCCUGAUGAGGAGACAUGGGGAAGUAUGCUGACGCCAUCUCGCUCUCCACAGGGUUUCAGGAUGGGCUCCUUGCCAGCCCUUCCUGGAGAUGCUCAGCCACUGGAAGUGAGCUUGAGACACAGGGCAAGAGUGUCUUUCCUAGCCUUGCCUGGGGAUACCGGGGAUCGAACCGGGAACCUCUGACAAGCAGAGCAUGCGUACUUCUGCAGAGAUUCCCUUAACUCUGAUACAGAACAUGCCGACCUCCGGGUGUCAGACAUGAGAACGUAAAAGCCCCACUGCAAACAGGAUAUUGCAAGUUGGAAAAGUUUCAGAAAAGAGGGGAGGGGAUACAAAACUUAGUAUCUUUUUGUAUUCCCCCCCCCAAAAAAUACAAAACUUAAUAUCUUUUUGUUUUAUAUUUUUCUCUAUAAACCUUAAUAACAUUAAGUUUUUUUAAAAAAGGGAGGGGAGGAGGAAAAGUUUCAAAAAAGGGCAACCUAAAUGAUCAAAAUGCAACUUUCUGCACAGGAAGGAGUAACUCCCCUUUGCAGAAAGGUUGCAGUGUUAGGGACUUUUUAGUUUAGAGUAAAAGUGAUAAAGUUAUAGAUGUUUAGAAAGUUAUGUACUGCAUGAAGAAAAGUUUUCCUACCCUUCUCAUAACAUCAGAACUCGUGGACAUGAAAUGUAGCUGAUUGCUGGAAGAUUUGGGACAAAUAAAAGAAUGUGCUUUGUCAUUUGGCAAUGGAUAAACAUUGGGACUCACUCCCAAAGUCUGCUGAAAGAGUUCUCAAGAACUCAAAAGCUUGUUGUCUACUUUAUGACGAUUCACUUAGUCAUAAUAAAGGCAUUACAAUACUAAUACUAUGCCAAUAAAGGUAUUAUUAUAUUGUGGCUUUAGGGCUUUUCAAAUCUACUAAAACGGCAUCUCACAAUUUCUUUUUUUAAACAAUCAGUUUGUUGCUGAAAUAAUGGUCGUAUGAAGCCAGCCUUGACUUUAUAUAUUAAGUGUUAAGCACCUACUACUUCAGACCUUCAUCUGACAGUCUUAAAAUUGCAUCCACAACUGCACUCUCUAAGGAUUUUAAAUUGACUGCAUCUAUUUCUGCUUUUUGUACACUAAGUCACUCAUUUAUAUUUGUUAUUGUGCAUUACAUUCUUUUUCACUUUCUCCUGCUAGAGUACCAACUCAGACAUAUGGAACUGUUGGACAGACAUCUGCUCAGUGGACGUUCGGUAUGAAAAGCAAGACACUGCAGGCAUUAAUUAUCCUUGUUAACCUUGGUAGCGUAACAUUCAGAUGUCACACUAAAUCCUAGUUUAUAAGGGGUUGCCAAUGUGGAUGCAGGUGCUAGCAUGCCCACUGGCACCAUCUCUUGUGCCUGUGUAAGGUCUUGAUAAAUAUCCAUGAUGCAUGAGAAAUUUGCCCUUCCUUCUCAGUUCUUGUUUGUAUUGGCUCAGCAUUGCUACGUCCUCCUUACAUUUGGUGACUGGUGCCCAUGGCACUUUCUCAAAUCCCAAAGGUACCCACUGGCCCCAAACCCUUGACCUAUGACUUGUGUAAUAAAGACGAAAUCUUAUAUGUAGGUUUCAGUGUUCCAUACGAUUCAUUAUAUGUUUGAGGGAUGACAACGUUCAACGUCUUUCUUUUCCCUAACUUUUUUGUAGGUGCCGCCAUUCCUACAGACAUGGCUCAGAUGCCAGGACCUUAUGCUGCUCCUACGUAUAACACAGGCACCAUAUCUGGCUAUGAAGGCACAACCGCUGCAGGCAAGCCCUUGUUGGUGUGGACCCUAGUUCCCUAAAGUGUAUGCCAGUGGUAGGCAACCUAAGGCCCAUGGCCCACAAGCAGCCCAUGGGGGUCGUUUAACUGGCCCACGAGCCGCCCCCAAACCGAGCCACCCGCUUGGUGAGCCCCUGCACGCUACGCUAAACCAGCGCGGCAUGGUGCGGGGACUUGCUUCUGCGGUGCUGGAAAUAGCAUCUGCACAUGCUCAGUCUCCGAAAAUCACGUCUGUGCAGAUGCAGACACUGGAAAUCGUGUCUGCACAGACGCCAGAAAUCGCGGCCGUGCGCGCUCAUGUGCACAUGCGCUCUUGCCCGUGGAAGGAUCUCCGCUGGAGUGAACUGGCCCAGGCAAGGUAAACCUUGCUGACCACUGGUGUAUGCUGUAAUACAAGUGUUAGUUUUUAAGAUGCUUCCCUUGUGCUUGAUCCAGACACUGCAGUUAGUGCAGAAUACUGCAGCGUGAUUGCUAACAGGAGUAAGGCCUUGUCAGCGUCUCCGAGAUCUGCAAUGGUUGCUGAUUCGCUACCUGGCCAAGUUCAAGUGUUGCUAUUAGUAUAUAAAGCCCUUAACAAUUUGGGACAUAGCUGUCAACAUUUCCCUUUUCUUAAGGGAAAUUCCCUUAUUCCGAAUAGGAUUCCUCGCAAGAAAAGGGAAAAGUUGACAGCUAUGAUUUGGGACCAGUUUACCCAGGUGUGCCCACUGCAUGAAUGUUCCAAUCCAUUAUUGCCAAGGAGAACUUUCUUUUAGCAUGUUGCUCGUGAGACCUGAGAACAUUCACAACUGCUUAUCCUGCUGUUCUUACCCAAACCCCAUUCCUUUACAGGAGGAAAACAUUGCCUGCCUCCGCCUAACUUGUUUCUUGGACAUGGAGGUGGACAACAGCCGCCCCAGAGAACGUGGAAGUAAGUGGAUACUGUUAUGCAUUCUGUUGUGGACUUCCUUCUCAGGGUCACAUGACAGUGGUGUGGGUGGGGCCAAGCAGGGCAUGCAGAUUUCACCUUUGUUCAGUAGGCUAGUUUCCACAGACACUCACGCAUCUCUCCCCAGCCUCCAUUCAGAAAUUCACGAGGUGUUUUCAAACUUCAAAGACAUAUUCCAACCAGGCCUGGGGAGAGUUGUGAGGGCCAGAAAAAAGAGAUAUGGCGUGCAUAUUUGGCUCUUGACCCUGAGGUCCCCCCCCACACCAGACAAAGAGGGCCAUGGGAAGGUUGGCGGUCAAUUUUGCUUAUCCCUCCUUUUCGUCCUUUCCUACAGCGUUCCUGCCAUUACUGAAGAUGAGGCCAAAGAAGCUUUUAUCCAGUACGCUUCCAGCAAGUGCUGCUACAGCACAGACCCAGCCAAAGAGAUGGUGUUUAAUGACCUACAGUUAUUCAAUACCUACAGAGUAAGCAGUAUAUAUUGGUAAUAGUAUAGCUAUGCAGGAGCAGCUGGUAUGGUGGAGGCAGAGACGCCCUCUCAAGGCUGGCAUUGCCAGUCUGACACAUCUGCCCCAACCACACCACCACCUUGCCCCAGUGCCAUCCAGGUAAGCCGCAGUGACGCUGGUGUUGGGAAGGUGGUUCUGCGCUUCUUCCCAACUACAGCACACCAGCCACUGCUGCUGCCAUUUAUUUAUUUUGAUUACUAUGUUUAUAUUCUUAAUGGUUAGCUGCCUUGAGUGUGGAAGGUCCUUUCAAAGAAUCAACAAACAAGAAACGGUAUCAUUCAUUCCUAACCCCAGAUCUUACUGUGCUGUCUGCAAUGACAUAGCUAAGUGUGUAUGUGAAAAUUAGGGAUACUUCAUAAAGGGCAUUUAACUACCAAUGCAAACUGAUGGCAGUGCCCCUUUUGCCUAAAUUAUGAGGUGCCCACUUGGACCGAGGAAGUAAUAGAGCGCUUGAAGUUAUUCUGUGGUGCUGUUGUGCAGCAGAAGGUUGUGUUUGUUUAAGGCACAUAAAGGAAAAAUAAUAAAGAGAAAGAAUUUUGCAAAUUGAAUUUUCCCUUUGGCCACUGCAUGGAUCAUGACUUCAACCAGAGUUGGGCGACCUGUUGUCCUCGAGAUGUUGAUGGACUCCAGCUUCCAUCCAUCAUCGUUGACCAUCAGCUGUGUUGGCUGGAGCUGAAUAGGAAUUCAGAAACAUCUGGAGGGCUGCAAGUUCCUCAUCCCUGGCCUAACCUGUCUGAAAAGACAGAACUUUUACAAAGUUCACUAGGCAUGGAAUCAAGUCCUUUCUCCAGAGACAUAUCAGAGCUGGCAGGUGAUUCUGAAGGAUAACUAACAUUUCUGGUUCUUCUUGGGAUUGUUACCUUCAUGGAUGUUUCCAAACUUUUUAAUCUAGUACCAACAUUGCUGGAUAUCUUGCCCGUCUCAAAGCAAUGCUUUUGCUAGCAAAAACUGUUGCAUGAACAUUUCUAUGCGCUGUUCAAAAUUGAUACACAUUUAUGGAUUUGUUUUCAUUAGCUUUUGCCAUUUAUUUUUUCAGUAUCUGCAGUUCUUUUAUAUUAGCAUGAAAACUUGUAGGUGGGGACAUUAUGUUUUUUUAGUAUCUAUAACCAUUUUGAAUUAAUGGAUAAGAGAUGCAUUUUACUUGUACUGUUUUGUAGUUUUCUGGUGGUUGCUUUGUGUUGGCUCUAACCAGAGACAUUUUAAGGUGUUGCUUCCCUAUGUAAUUUCCCUAAGCCAGUUUUAAAAAUCUGCUGACUAUUUCUUAAGUGUUUAAUUCUUGAAAGUUGUUUCUUAGUAUAAACUGGAGACCUUCACUGAAUCAAGAUCCUCUGAAUGGAAGACAGAACCUUAUGGGGGUAAGUGCUGCUUUGCUACUCUACAAUCCAGCCCCACUUAAGCCAGACUGAGCCAUCCAAACACUUCACAGUGUGGUUCAUCUCCUUUGACUUCUGCCGGCUGAGCUGGCCUCCUGCCAGUCACCAGUUGGGCAGGCAGGAGUCCCGUUGACAUUAUCCCAGUGGAUACCCAGCAGAGGGCCUUGAAAUGGGUUUCCAAGGGUGGGAAUGGGGCUGAGCUGGCCUGGGAUGCAAUGGAUCAUGAGCUGGUCUAACAGCAGGCAUCAGGUGACAUUAAGCCAGCUUUUCCUGCCCCCACCCCCAAUUCCAUGGCCACUGAGCAGCUGAGGAUGUUGUGAAGGCUCUGCCACUCCACAAAAGGCUGUGUCAGCAGGUGGUGGGAAUUUGGGUAGCAACCUGAGAGGAAUUUUACAGGAGCCAGCUUUUAUUGCUUUCUCAAUGCAUUAUGUAAAGGACUUGGUAUAAUAAUAUUUAACAAGGCCUUCAACCCAAAUGGAUAGAUACGUUUAAAAAAUAUUUGUGUACCUUUGUUCUAAAACAUCUGAAAGAAUCAGAUGGAACUGGGCUUUAGUAUAGACCACCUUAUCUCUCCAUUUCUGUAUGCCCUGAAAACAAGGUAUGGUGGUACUUCGGAAGUUGAAUGGAAUCCGUUCUGGAAGUCCGUUCAACUUCUAAAACUUUCCGAAACUAAGGCGUGGCUUCCAAUUGGCCUCAGGAAGCCACGGAAGUCACGUUAUAUGUUCGGGUUCCAAAGAACGUUCACAAACUGGAACACUCACUUCUGGUUUGUGGUGUUCAGGAGCCAAAACAUUCGACUCAACAAGGCGUUCAGGAUCCAAGGUACAAUUGUAUAGCUAAAGAUGGAUGCCGUUCACAGUUUUGGUAGAAUUGGAGAGUUCCUCAAAGACACCCAUCCUGACAUUAAAUGAAACAUUGGUAAGAUGAGACUGUACUGUAUAAAGUGCAGAAGAAAAUUAUCUGUUUCUUCUGAGGUCAUUGUCUUGGUAUGGUAUCAGAAGAAGUCCUGAGAUUGACGAAGGUCACAUACAAAGUCUGAGAGCAAUUUUAAGGAUAUUUCUGUACAAUACAACAUGAAAUGAAGCAGUGAUCAGUUGUUGAUCUUACAACUUAGAUGCCUGUUUGCUCAUAAGAUGAUAUGUUCUUGGUUGAUUUCCAGCCCAUAAUUGAUACUAGAUAUGUAGCACAGAUUUUCUUAGUGAGAUCAGGUAAACGAAUGGGUCUAUAUUUCUAAGUAGAGAAAAGAAUUUAGGUCACUCUAGUUAUUAACUGAAAAGUUGGGGAAACAAAAAUGCGGUAAAUUUAUAAUUGGUGUAAUUUUAAAGAAGUAAUUUUGUUUGUGUUCGUUAACCAAAAGAGGUGCCGUUAAAAUCAGGGCACCUUUUUAACACUGGCUCCUGGAAAAUGAUAGUUUGAAAAUGGGAAGCUACGCUAUUGAUUUUGAAGCAUAGUUUGCACUGUAAUCCAUACAAAGGUAAACCAUGGGGAAGAAUGGAUGAGGACGUCACUCUCUUGUGAGGGGAGGAAGUACACUGCUUAGAGAUGACUGAUUAAGCAGUAAAUUAAUUGUUGAAAUGCUGGUGACAAUCGUGAUGAUGAAAGCUGGCUCCCAAUAGCAAACUAUCAUUUUGCUGUAGCGGCUAUUAUGCAUGCUCUUAUUUUGCUUGUAUUGUGCAUUGGAAAACAUAAGCUUCUCUGAGGCCAAGCCAGAUGGUAGUGUAAGUGCAGCUUUCUUAUACCAGGUGGAGCAGUAGAUUCCUACCUGCGUGGGACACCUCCUUUGCCUUGGGAUAUGAGAGCAGACUCUCCUGGCAUGUUCCGAGAGAAAACCCAGAGAAUCAGAGUGCCUCAUACAUCAGCAUUAACGGUACAGAGCUAAUGUAUCAAUGAAAAUGGUGGUAUACAUAGGCCAGUGGUGUCCAGACUCCAGUCCAAAGUUGUCGAGCUUUUUUUUUAGGAUUUUACCCCAGGAAAUAAACUGCCACAGGGGCCCCCAGGACGGACUUUGGACAUGCCUGACAUAGGCCCAUGCAUUUUGUCUGGCCAGAACCCUUCCCCUCCUCUUUGGCACAGUCCUGUGCCUUUUUUCUUCAAGGUAACUCCCAUUGAACUCAGUGGGGCUUACUGCCAGGUAAGUGUACAUGCCGGGUUGUAGCUUGAGGCCCUGAUUUUGUGCUGUGUCUGUGAGGGAGGUCAGGGACUGCUUCCCCAACUCUCUAGCAGCCAGUAGCGUAUACUCUUGUCCUUACUCUGUCGCUUAUACUGUUGUCCUUAAGUACAAGGCAAUUAUGAUCUCUGAGUUGUUCCUGUUGUGGGAGAGAUUUAUGAGAAGCAGCCAGUGACUGUGGGCUAGAGUCACGUAAGAGGGAAGCAGCACUUUGGAGUUUCUCAGGCAGCAGACUGAAGGAACUAAGUUCACGAUCAGAUUUAUAAUGGGAUAUAAGAGCAGAAAGAAGCGACAGAGGAAUGUUGUUGCAAAUUGUACACAGGUUUACUGGUAAGAGUUUGUGCAGAAAUGUAUGUAUAGGCAUUUAGGUGGAUCAUUAUGUGACCCGAGUAACUAGAGAGUUGCGUAAUUUUGGAGGUAAAAGAGUUUUGUAUUCAAAUGAGAUGACUGAAGGAAAGUCAAGCAGGAACGGAAAGUCAUACCAUACAUUUAAAGCACCGUCAUACUAAUUUAAACACAUAUAGAUUCCCUCAAAGAAUUAUGGGAGCUGUGGUUUGUUAAAGGUGCUGAGCAUUGUUAGGAGCCACAUGUUUCCUUCACAGAACUACUGUCGUACCUUGGAAGUCAAAGGGAAUCUGUUUUGGAAGUCCGUUCAACUUUCAAAAUGUUUGGAAACCAAAGCGGUGCUUCUGAUUGGCUGCAGGAAGCUCCUGCAGCCAAUCGGAAGCUGCAGAAACCCCAUCGGACGUUUGGGUUCCAAAGAAUGUUUGCAAACCGGAACACUCACUUCUGGGUUUGCGGCGUUAGGGAGCAGAAAUGUCCAAGUACCAGGGCAUUCGGGAUCCAAGCUACAACUGUACCAUGUCCAGAGUUCCCCAUGAAGAGGAAAUUCUUAUUAAUUCGCUCUGGAAAUGGUAGCUCUGGGAAUGGAAGACAUUGUGACCCAGUCCCAGGGUUUGUGCACUGGAAGAGCCUAUGUUGGGUGUUCUCCAUCUUGUUGGCUGUAACAGCUAGGUUCUGCCUUAGCCCAAUGUCUGCAAGCACAGAAAUCAUAAGGCUGUGGCUGAGAUUGAAAUUCCGAACCUUCUGACAGUAGAAGACCUAGGUGGGAAUCUUCAAGGUCUUGUUGUAGUUCAGCACCCAUAACAAACUCCGGUUCCUAGAAUUCUUGGGGGGAGGGGAGCCAUGGCUGUUUAAAGUGGCACCAUAACACUUUGAAUGUAUGUUAUGAAUGUGGCCAUAGUUUAAUGUAAAUCAAAUGGAAGCUCACCAGAUCAUCUUAACAUUGCCUGCUCUGAUUAUGAGCAACAUAGUAUUUCCAGACCGCCCAGGUCCAAAGAAAAGCUGCUGGCUCCGUUUUAACGUUCUCCUUUCUUUGAUUUUGAAGGCUUGCCCGACAUGUGGAUCGACUGGUAGACGUUACUGCAAUAAAUGCAAUGGCAACAGCAAGGUAAGUAGUUGUGCUUAGUGUGGAGUUUUUGUUUUGUAGAAAGGUGAGAACACAGAUGAGAAAAUAAAAGGUGGAGGAGGAAGCAACAUGUCUUUUGUUUAAACAGCUGAUGGGAUGUUGGCUAGUAGAACAAAAUUGGAACCCAAGAGAUAUAAACCAGAAAGCCAGUAAAUAUUUGAUACAGCAAUUGUACUGGAUGUCUGGGGUAUAGGUUUUCUACGCUGGUUUUUCUUCCAUAUUUGGAAGCUUAGAACAGAGAACAAUUAAAACGACUGACUACGUAAUCAUGGAUGUGAGAAAUAUUAAUUAAAGUAAACAUUGCAACACUACCCAAAAUUGAGAAAAGUUGCGACUAACAACCCUUCCAUCAAUUUUUAAUUAGUUAAUUCAGAAAAAAGGUUUAUUUUUAUUUUUAAAAACCUACAUUUUUACAUGCCUUGUGAAAAUAGAAAGGGAUGAAGUAUGGUGGAAUCGAACAGAGUAUCAGUUCACAGACUGAUGGAAUUGGGCAGCUUCUCUUGUUAAGAGGCAAGAAAUCUCCAGCUGCAUCUAGGCAGUGUUAAGAAAGCAGGAGGAGAAGGUCAACACCUCACACUUGGAUGGAAUCAGCCUGGUUGGGUCUAUGAGACAGGGAAGUCCUCUGUCACAGAGGGAAGACCUUUGGAUUUUUGACCAAGAUAAAGUGCUCUUCAGAAUUGACCCUUCCCCUCAUACUUCAGCACCACAUUUCAUGAUUUGCAGGAAACAGAUCAGAUGGCAGCAGUUUGAGGUUCAUAGGGCACUAAAAUAAUACACUUGGUGGAGAGUGGAAUCUGAUUUCUGGGGUGGGGUGGGGAGAUAGUCCCCCUUGUUUUCCACAAGCAAGUCACCCAAGAUUGUCUUGUCUUGAGAACCACCAGAAGCAGGUAGAAUUGAGAAGGCUUGGAUCUAGCCAACAUUUCUGACAGAUCUACAGUUACAGCUGACCUUGUGGUCCAUUUGCCCAUAGGGACACCUCUUUGCAACAAUGUCCUCAUUGGGGAUAUGUACAAAGUUGGUACCUUGGGCUUCUCCAUCUCCUUCCACAGGGUGUUACAAGAUGGACAUCUUUGCUUCGGCAGAUAGCACCUUAAUGACGGAUAGAGAAAGUAGUGAAGUGAUUCCUUGUUAAAGAUGAUCAUGGAGAUCUGAUUUUGUCCAAUGAGUGUUUUGUUUGGCGAUACCCUGCUUAUUUCUGGCUCUUUUGUCUAAAAUUAAAUCCCAACAGCAACAGUGUGGGAGAUGUCAUGGAAGAGGAGUCCGGUUUGUGGAUGAAACAUGUGACCAAUGUAUGGGAAGUGGACUUGAAAAGUGCGUGAGUCAAUCUGCAAAUAUAUGAAGAAGAUGCUCAUUUUUAUUUUCACUGUGGGGUUUGAGUGUUGCACUAUGUGUGACAAUUGCACUCCUUCCUGGUCCUCUAUACGUGAGAUACCAUGGACAAUCUUAUGGUGGAGCUUCAGGCUAUAGGUUCAACAGAGACCAGGAAGUCUUUGCUUCAAAACUUGCCUUUGCUGUGAACUGAGGCUGUAUACACACUAUAUACCUUAAAAGCACAUUCUUUCCCUCAAAGAAUUUUGGGCACUGUGGUUUUCUCCUCUCAGAAUUAAAAUUCCCAACAACGCCCAACAAACUACAGCACCCCAUAAUUCUUUGAGGAAAGUAAUAUGUUUUGAAUGUGUUUUGUAGGUAUCAUGGGUGGUCAGCCUCAUUCAUUGGCCUUGGGAAAGCUGCAGGAUGAAAGAGACACCUGCAGUAUGGGAAUAAUAAGACUUAGCUUACCUUCAGAGGUGUGCAAAUGUUUGAAAUACUGCAUGUGAAGGACUUUAAAUACCCUAAGUUAAUUUUUUUAAAUUAAAAGUAUAGGAAGUAUUGUCCUAGAUCUUUCUGUAACUGAAUUGAUUCAAAUGUAUUUUGCACUUGGGAAGGAAUUUGUGCCCAAAUGUAAAAUAAAAGAAAAGGCGUUGCCAAAGGCAGCACCCUGGAAUGAGGGCUAUAGUGUAACGGUCCGAAAACUAGAAAUAUAAAUGGAAGUAUCUUCUGUUUCAUGAUUUUUUUGCAUUCAGUGACGUGUGCUGUUGUUUUGCAAAAUUUGAAUUAGUGUGAAAAGUUAGCCAGCCCUCAAGUGAAUGGAGAAAAGAUCCUGCAGGCCUUACCUUUCACCUCCCCAUUGGUCCCAGGCACAUGCAGGCAGUUAAGAAUAUCGUGAUCUGUCCUUUUAAUCUUUUAAUCUUUAUGAGUUCUUCUGUGUACAUAUGGUUGCUAUGAUGACGCAGCAGCGUCCCUGAAGCUAAAGCUGGUCUGUGCCUAGUUGGAGGAUGUAUGGAAGCCUAUGGGAGUUCCAUGGAGGAAAAAUACAUAUGAGAGAAAGGCUUAGGGAUAUGUAUGAAAUAGAAGGAUCCGAAGAAAGCAAAUGAAGCAGAUUUCCAGCCCUUAACCCAAACUAUGGGUCAUGCCGCACUGCAUUUCUCUGUGUGCCUGUGUUGGCUAAGUAUAUUCAAGAGAGCAGAAAUAGGGUUGCCAUCCCCUGACUAGUAUUGGCCAAACUGGGAAAUGUUACUAACUGAAAAAGAAGCUCAGCUUGUUAUGCGUCCUGAGGCCCAGGAGAUGGCGCCAUUUCCCAACAGAAAAACGAAACAAGACGCCAGCUCUAGAACUGAGAAACCUCUAUUCCAUUGGUUUUGCCGGAUUAUCCUUUCCUUUUUUUGUGUGUGUGUUUCAGCCGGGCUCACAAAGUACAAAGUGCCGAGUAGUUUCAUUACAUUUUAUCGCAUCUUGUGUUUUAUUACAUUUUAUUUACAGUUGCCAGGUGUGUUCUGGUAUGGGAAAAACAGUCUGCAACGAUUGUGCAGGAAAAGGACAACUGCUGUCGUUCAUUGAGCUGCAAGUUGAAUGGCAAGUCUUGUCCAAAUAGACUGUGGUGGAAAGGGGAGGCCGCUUCUAACUGCGUGGAAAAUGGGCUCUGCCUACCAGAGCUGCCUGAGUUUUACGUUCAGCUUCAGGAGUGAAAGGAUCCAGUAUAGUUGCUAGAAAUGGUUACUCAAUUGAUCUGGAAAAUAUGGGCUUGAGGCCUCUUCUCAUUUUGGUUAGCGUAUGGGGCUAGAUGAGGCACUGCUCUGGCUCAAUCCGUACCGACGGCUACCUUUGAGCAUUGUGCCAGUUUUGUGACUUCAUAAAUUUAUGGUCAAUGCCUGAUGUGGUUCAGUUCCCCCAUGGGACUGCACUGUGUUUGAUUUAUGUUGGAGAUUGGGCCGGCUCUUUGACCCCAUGUAAAAAGCUUACGUAGCAGGGGGAGCCAUUUUGAGAGCGUUUGGUUUGAGAAGGCCGUUGUGCUGUGAAAACAGAGAAAGCCUGCAGGUUGUCAUUGCAACUCUCCUGCUUUUUGCCUUCAUAGGAAGAACAACGUUUAUGAAUAUGUGGCAGAUGAAAGAUCUGGAUUUCCUAUUGAACUGUUCAAAACGGUUACUGGAGAGACGUUGUUUGUUGAUGACAGCCCUAUGGUAAUGAAAUGCAGUAAUGCAAAGAGAGGCAGGACUUGAAAAGGAACCAACUUAAGUGUUGGCAGUUAAUUAAUUGGUGGAGCAUAUUUCACCAUAUAUUGUUCCCAAGAUGAUCAGUACCUAAAUCUUCCCCCACCCCACUCCAACCUCUGCUACCUCUCCCUCACCCUGGGCCACAACACACACGCAAUCAUAAAAGUAAUUGUAGCCAUACAAAAAUACACAGGUACGAAUUGUCUCACAAUUGUCCCCUGGCACCCCCCACUCUAUGCCUCUGCCCACUAGGUAGCUUACAGCCAAAUCAUACAGCGAUCCUACUAUUUUAGAACUAGCCAUAUGCCCAUUUUUUGACAGAUUUGUGUUCUAGCUCAGACAUAACAAGUUAUCUUGUUAUGCAUUGCUGCAUCCUAGAUCCUAAGAAACUCUUCUGACCACGGCUUCCUGACCUCAACUCCAACAGUGGCAGUCAGAAAAUAACUUUAGACAGGAAUGAUGGUUUAAACGCAAUCUUACAAAUAGCUUAAUAAUACAUUUAUUGGAUUAAAAAAAGCUUUUCAUACCCAGUGAUUUGUUAAGACAUGAUUUGAAGAUUUUGCAUCUUAAUGGCAUUUCCAGAAAACAUGUGUAUAGUUUGUAUACUGGGAGCCAACACGAUGGCUGGGACAAGUUCCACAGGGGGGGAAGCACUGGGACAUCCGAUCUCGGUGAUCAUGGGCAGGAGGCGGAGUUACGCUAAGACCAGACCAUGUCAUUACUGAGGAGGCAGGUUUAGUCGUUGUUUGAAGACUAUCCCUGCCUCCGGGUCUGGCCUAGACAGGAAGGAUACUGGAAAAAACACGGGAAACCCACAUGACCUGAAAGUGUUGCUGUGCAAUGCCAGGUCAAUGGUGAAUAAAACCACUGCCAUCCACGACUUGAUUGUGGAUGGAGGAUUUGACCUGGCAUGUGUGACGGAGACCUGGUUGGAGGAAGCAGAUGGGCCCGUCCUUGCCGCUGCUUGUCCACCAGGUUUCUCUUACGCACAGCAACCCAGGCCUUGUGGGCGGGGAGGGGGGGUUGCAGUGAUUUUUAGGAAGUCAUUAGUUUGCACCAGGCGUCCUAUUGGAAAGACCCAGUUCUCUGAGUGCAUGUUCUGGAAGUUGGGCAAUAGGGGCAGUACAGGAUUCCUUUUGGUGUACCGACCUCCCCGCUGCACCAAGGAUUCCCUGUCCGAGCUGCUUCAGGUCGUGGCGGAUUUUCUCCUGGAGACACCUAGUUUGGUUGUCCUAGGGGAUUUUAACAUCCAUGCCGACACGACCUUACAAGGGGCCGCUCGGGACUUCGUGGAAAGCAUGGCCUCCAUGGAGCUGUCCCUGAAUAAGUUUGGCCCAACUCAUAGUCAUGGACAUGCCUUAGACCUGGUGUUCACCUCUAGUGACGUGGGUGAUCUGACACUAAGUAAAAGUGAAACAAAAGAAGUGCCAUGGUCAGAUCACUUCCUGGUGCAACUGGACGUCUCCGCGACCCUUCCCCUCUGCAGGGAGGUGGGACCAAUUCGGAUGGUCCGCCCCCGCCACUUAAUGGAUCCAAAUGGUUUCCAGAGAGUGCUAGGGGAUGCUUUAGCCCAUGUUGAUGGCCUUUCAGCUGAUUCCCUGGUGGCCCGCUGGAAUGCGGAGUUAACCAGGGCUAUCGACUGUCUGGCCCUCUCCGAUUGCAUGGAGCCCGGACAGCCCCGUGGUUUUCUUCGGAGCUGAGGGCGAUGAAACAAUCGCUGAGACGGCUAGAGCGUCGGUGGCAGAAAACUCACUCCGAAUCUGACCGGACACGGGUUAGAGCUCAACGUCGAGCCUACCAAGUGGCGAUAGCGACGGCGAAGAAGACUUUCUUCACCGCCUCUAUUGCAUCUGCAGAAAAUAGUAGCAGGAGACUCUUUCAGGUGGUUCACAAUUUAACGGAACCACCUUUACCACCGGGGCAUUGUAAAGACCCCAAGAUCUCCUGCAACGAUUUUGCAAAGUUUUUUUGCAGAUAAAAUCACUCAUAUUCGGAAGGAGCUAGACACCACCGUGGGAGCAGGGCCAGGGCGGGAGAGUGCUAGAGCUCUGUCUGGUCAAGUUGCAUGGAAUCAAUUUCGAUCCGUUACCCCCCGAGGAUGUGGACAGGCUGCUUGGACGCGUGAAAGCAACCACCUGUCUCCUUGAUCCUUGCCCAUCCUGGCUAAUAAAAGCAAGCCGGGAAGGGCUGGGCGAUGGGCUCUGCGGGGUGGUGAAUGCUUCCUCUGUGAGGGAACAUUCCCAGAUCCGCUGAAAGAGGUGGUCAUUAAACCGCUUCUUAAAAAAACCAUCUUUAGACCCGGCCAGUAUGGCCAACUAUCGCCCAGUCUCAAAUCUUCCAUUCUUGGGCAAGGUGAUUGAGCGCGUGGUUGCUGAACAACUCCAGGCACGCCUGGAGGAUGCGGACCAUUUGGAUCCCUUCCAAUCGGGAUUCAGGCCUCACCAUGGGACUGAAACUGCCUUGGUCGCGCUGGUUGAUGAUCUCCGGCGAGCUAGGGACAAAGGUGAGAGUUGUUUCCUGGUUCUGCUGGAUCUCUCAGCGGCCUUUGAUACAAUCGACCAUAACAUCCUUCUGGACCGUCUAGAGGGGCUGGGAGCUGGGGGCACUGUUAUACAGUGGUUUCGCUCCUUCCUCCUGGGCCGUGUUCAGAAAGUGGUGGUGGGGGAUGAGUGUUCAGACCCCUGGGCCCUCACUUGUGGGGUGCCUCAGGGUUCCGUCCUCUCCCCAUGUUUUUUAACAUCUAUAUGAAGCCGCUGGGAGAGAUCAUCAGGGGGUUUGGGCUGGGUGUCCAUCAAUAUGCAGAUGAUACCCAGCUCUACCUCUCUUUCAAAUCAGAACCAGUGAAGGCGGUGAAGGUCCUGUGUGAGUGCCUGGAGGCGGUUGGAGGAUGGAUGGCGGCUAAUGGAUUGAGGUUGAAUCCUGACAAGACAGAAGUAUUGUUUUUGGGGGACAGGGGUCGGGCUGGUGUGGAGGACUCCCUGGUCCUGAAUAGGGUAACUGUGCCCCUGAAGGACCAGGUGCGCAGCCUGGGAGUCAUUUUGGACUCACAGCUGUCCAUGGAGGCGCAGGUCAAUUCUGUAUCCAGGGCAGCUGUCUACCAGCUCCACCUGGUACGCAGGCUGAGACCCUAUCUGCCCGCGGACUGUCUCGCCAGAGUGGUGCAUGCUCUAGUUAUCUCCUGCUUGGACUACUGCAAUGCGCUCUACGUGGGGCUACCUUUGAAGGUGACCCGGAAGCUACAAUUAAUCCAGAAUGCGGCAGCUAGACUGGUGACUGGGGGUGGCCGCCGAGACCACAUAACACCGGUCCUGAAAGACCUACAUUGGCUCCCAGUACGUUUCCGAGCACAAUUCAAAGUGUUGGUGUUGACCUUUAAAGCCCUAAACGGCCUCGGCCCAGUAUACCUGAAGGAGCGUCUCCACCCCCAUCGUUCUGCCCGGACGCUGAGGUCCAGCACCGAGGGCCUUCUGGCGGUUCCCUCAUUGCGAGAGGCAAAGCUACAGGGAACCAGGCAGAGGGCCUUCUCGGUAGUGGCGCCCACCCUGUGGAACGCCCUCCCAUCAGAUGUCAAAGCGAUAAAUAACUACCUGACAUUGAGAAGGCAUCUUAAGGCAGCCCUGUUCAGGGAAGCUUUUAAUCUGUGAUAUUUUACUGUAUUUUUUGUUUCUAUGGAAGCCGCCCAGAGUGGCUGGGGAAACCCAGCCAGAUGGGCGGGGUACAAAUAAUAAAUUAUUAUUAUUAUUAUUAUUAUUAUUAUUAUUUGUAUGAGGCUGGGGUAUACAUUUUCUAAAGCACCCUCAUAGCUCCCAAACUAUUGCUGGCCUUGAUAGCCAAGGCAAACCUUGUGGACCUAUCGCUCUGCACGAAGUCAGGGACAAUCCCCCAUUUUCUUCCCGGCUGGGGAGGAUGUGGGUGGGGCAACCCAAGGGAGAACAAUCUCUGUGCUCCUCCUUCCAGUCAUGGAACUGGAGAAAUUUUGGUGUUGGGUGACAGUGGCACUUGGCCCACUUCAGUAGUGCAUUUGUCAAAUGGCAACACAUUUUUCUGUGGAGGCCCACGGUGGGGCUUGUUUUGCACUGGGCUGCCAGAGCGUUAGAAGUGCCAAAGUGGGAACCCAACCUCUCUCUGGCUCCCAUUUCCACUAGACGUUGAAAACAGCAUCACACCACAUUAAACAGUCAUGGCUUUCCCCCAAGGAAUCCUGGGAACUGUCUUUGGUUAAGGAAGCUCAGAGUUGUUAGGGCUACAGUGGUUUACUAAUCCCUCUUCCCACAGAGUGGUUUACUAAACUCUCUUCCCAGGGAACUCUCCUGAUAAUUUUGUGUAAAAGAGAGAGGGCUGGACAGGGACAUACUGGGUUGCCCAGAAACAGCCUGGCUUCAUCAUCUCGUAUUGGCAAUAGUAGUUUUACUUACCUGUCCGCAGUGCAGGCAAGAGGCUCUUCUUGGGUGGUAUGCAGUUGUAUUUUAGAGAUCAGCUAUGCUUCAUGUCUGCAUAAUGUGAUAAAACAAUGACUAGCCUGCUCUUGCUCCUCGGUUAGGACUUCAGUUUUCUAUUUGUAUGUCUUUGAAAUUUGUGUUUCCAUAGGUAUAUCCAGUGAUUAGUUUCCCUGAUUUUGGCGUCAGUCAAGCCUCCAGCUAUGCCGUUGAACAACACCAAACUCAGUUUGCAUCUACAAGGCGGAUACUGAGGCAGGCAAGUGCUGUGAAUAUUAACCGAAUCACCACCGAGGCGAUGGUCUUCGGUGCUGUGAUCCAAGAGAAUUUCCUGGAGCGCUUCCUUCCCCCAUGCAGGGUCAUGGUGAAAUUCAUACACCUGCUGCCCUCCAUUGGCCUGUGCCCUUGCAAACAUCCUAAGCUUUGUAGGCUUUUCCCAUAUUGUUCGGCCAAGUUCCUACAUUGGCAGCACCCUAGGCUAAGGGGUAGUUGGGUCAUAGAAUAGGGAUGGGGAACUUCUGGCUUUUCAGAUGUUGUUGCGCUCCAGCUUAAGUAAGCCCAGCAGGCAUGCCCAGUGGUUUGGGACAAGAACGUCAGGAGCAUCCCAGAUUCCCCAUACCUGCCAAAUAGGGCCUCAGCAUGUCCGUAUUCAGAAUGUGCCUAACUCUUGCCAUUCUUUGGUGUAUAAAAAAAAGCCAUUCAGGUUUGAACUUUUCUGUAAACGAUACACUGAUGUUUAGACCCUAAAAGUAUCUUCUUUGUGUUUUUACAGAGGCAAACAAUUGAGCUGAUACUUCUCACCAGGGUACAAUAUUUAUGGCAUGGCAAACCUUACUCCUUCUAUGUUUAUGGCAAGGAACGCAAGGUGCAUGCGGAGGAUUAUCCACAGAAGUGUUGCUGUACCAUCCUGUGAUUAUUAUGGGCUAUUUCAACUGGUGUAAAAGAAGCACUGUUGAUUAAAACUUGUGGAAUAUUUGCAGUCCCUCCUCAUCCCAUUUUUUUUAAAAAAAGAAGUUUAUUGUCCCACUUUAUAAGAAUUGUGGAAGAUACCUAAAUAAAUUGGACAUAAAGGACUAAAGUUUGCCAAACUCCAGGAUUACAUAUUAGAAGGAGAAAGAAGAGCAAUCAGUGCAAGGAUGUCUCUUGCACAACAAAACAUUCCUGCCUCCCCAUCCAGCGUGUCUCCUGAAUAUGUUCUUUUUUAAUGCUUUAUUAAUAUUAAAAGAUAUAACAAAGAAAUAUAUAUAUAAUCAAAAUAGAAAUACAAAAAGAAAAUCACAUUAUUUGUUCACUGUACAUUCUUCUGUUCCCUAUGACUUCCUGCCACCCCAUCAUGCAUUUACUUCUUAUUUUAUUUAGUGCCCUAUUAAUCUCUAUUUUCUUUUUAAUUGUCAAUAAUAUAUCUUCUUAUAAAUAGCCAUCGUAACACAGAAGUCAUUCAAAUCCUGCCACAUUUAUACUAGUACAAUAAUCUUUAAGAUUUUUUUUAUACAUGUCCCAAUUCCAAAUAAAUGUUUGUUCAGUAUUACCUCUCAAUUUGUCUGUCAUUUUUGCCAGUUUGGCGAACUCCAUCAAUUUACUUUGCCACUCCAACUUUGUUGGGAUUUUCUCUCCUUUCCAAUUCAUUGCGAUUAGUAUUCUUGCUGUUACAGUAGCAUACAAGAAUAUUUCUCUCGCAAUUUUUGGUAUGUCUAGGCCAAGUAUCCCUAAGAGAAAAGCCUCUGGUUUUUUUAUGAAGGAUACUUUAAUCAUUUUUUUAAGCUCAUCUUAGAUUAUGUUCCAAAACUCCUUAAUUUUCUUGCAUGUCCACCACAUGUGAAACAUUGACCCUUCCACUUCCCAAAUAUUUCAACAUUUGCCAAAUAUUUCAGCAUUUCAUAUUGACCUUCCAUAAAUUUUCCCAGGCGGUCAUUGGGAUGUUGUAGCCAAAGUCUUGGGCCCAUUUGACCAUAACAGAUUUUACCUCCUCCUCCUUGACCUCCCUGUAUUUUUCCGGUCUGGAUGGCCCUCCCUGCCUAGAGGAGGAAAGGGGCUAGGCUUUGUUGGUGCCAGCAGCAGCAGCAGCGCUUGAGCAGCUGCCAUUUUAAGCAGCCCCUCUCCGGAGCCCUUUUGCGCGCCACUUAUUGUCCCUCCACCGCCAGCCCCUGCUGCUCACAAGACACAGCUAAGCAGCCACCGGGCUCGUGCUGCUCUUGCAUCACCCCCCCCCCAAAUAUAGUCCGCCCCCCCACUAGGUCUGAGGGACAGUGGACCGGCCCCCUGUUGAAAAAGCUUGCUAACCCCUCAUCUAGUGCAACUGUUUCAUUGAAUACUGAUGCUUUGAUUUCUCUGUUGCUAUCUGUGGGGAGCUAUCUCUUCUGUCAUCCUGAGAGCAUUUUAAAAUUGUUUUUCAAAGUGAACCAGGAAAAUCACCAAAUAAACGAUUCAUUCUACUCUU